CGUUUUGCCGCGCCGCGUCAGCUUGACGUUCUCGUCUCGCGCCUCCGAGCCUGUGAAGCAGAGCGGGCGCGGUUGUCUUGACACAGCGCGCGCCGCGGUGGAUCGACGCUCCACGAGUCUCUGCCGUCCUUUGCGCGGAAAAUGAGGCAGAUUCCCUUCGUUUCUCGACCAGAACGCGAAACAAUCUUCUCCGGAGAAGAACGCGACCUUUUCCACCUCAGAUGCUGCCCUCUUCAGCGUGCAUCGAAGCGCGCGAGUCGGCCCUGCACACAUGCGAAAAGCGCGGGUGUCUGUACGCUCUCCAACGCUGGCCGGGUGUACGUACACCCGAGCGGAGAUAGAGAGAGAGGCGGGAGAAACGCGACAGUUGUCUCUCUUGCUACGGCGGAGGCACCCAUUUUCUUGUCUUUAUGUCCUCUCUCGCCGGUAAGGAAGGAGACUUCGAGCAGAGCUGCUCGCGCGUCCUGCUCUGGCUCCUCCUCUCUCUGCAGAGAGCACAGCGACAGCGAGCGAGGAGCAGACAGAUCCAUCGCCGGAGAGAAAAGGACGCGUUUCUUUUCGCCUCUCCCUCCCCCUCGCUGAGCUUCAGUGGUCUUCUCUCGCAGAUCAUCGAACAUGGAGCGCAACCGUAAACCGUAAACGCUUCUUCAAAAGCCAGAACGCGCAUGGACUCGGACGCCAGGCCUCGCAGGUGACGGCGAGAAGCUCCGCGGCGCCUUCUGCGGUGUAUCUGCAGCUCGGUUCGCGGUUUAGCAGAAGCAACGCAGAAGUACCGAACGCACUGACGUUUUCAGGUGAAGAGAUAACGCGGGACACCGGGUCUCCGGCCCUGCUCCGGCGCCUCUCUCUCCUGAUUUCCUGUUUCUCUCCUUGUGCGUUGUUCGCUUUUUCUCUCACUUUGUCUCUUGUGGGUCUUUUGAAAAUCCAGAGUCUUCGCUGUUUCUGCUGUGUGUGCGAGCUGUCCUCUCGGAACUUCCGUUCGAUAUGCGGUCUCGCUCUAAAGAAGAUUCGCCGUCGUCUUGUCUUUCUUCUUCCGCUCCUCUCGACGCCUCUUCUCUCUCGCUUUCCUCCUCGUCUUUUCCCCCGUCUUCUUCGUCGGCGCGACUUCGCCGCCUCCCGGGUCUCCUCGCUCGCUCUGCUGCAUGCAGGCCGAAACAAGCAAGCAGGGCGGCGCCGCCUCGCGCGCCCUGCAGCCGAGCGCCUUCGCAGCGACGCGCGAGUCCUUCGCCGUCAGUUCAGCUUUUUUCGACGAAGAUGAGUCGCCUGUCGCAGCCUGUCUGAACAUCUUGGGGAGGACCCUCGCGCUGCCUCUGCCUCCCCACACAGGCAGUGCUGAAGGGACAGUUAGCCUGGCGGAGACAAAUUCAACGCCUCCAAGAAGUCGAAUGCUCCUCGAACCUUCGACUGCGGCAUCUCCUGUCUCGAGUUUCCGCGCGGCUGGCUCUCCGCCUUCCCGCUCUUCUCGGCCUCCAUCCGCGGAAGGCGUUCGAGGCCGGUGGCGCGCGCGGCGCCUGGCGCUCGGACCUGCUUUGGGAUUUUCUUGGCCGGCGCCGCGGAGGCCCUCGUGUGUCGCUCCCGACUUCUUGGCUGUAUGCUUGUCUCCUUCACUCGGCUCGCCGAGCCAAGAGUUGACGUCUCAGUUCUUCGUCCUCGACAGCGUCAUGCAGGCGACUGCAGGUCUCUGCGCCCCCGUUCCCUUGCCUCUUUCUCCCUCUGCAGCUCUCUUCUUCGAUCCGUCCAUCCGCUGCGCUCUCCACCCGCCUGCGGCGCCGGUCUGCUGCGCGCCGCCGUCGCGUCCGGCAGCCGCCGCGCAAGCCUGGUCUGAGCAGAAGCCGGCGGCGAAGAAGGAGAAGGAGAAGGAGGAGGAGAGCCAGCAUCGGGGCGUCGACGCGGCAUUGAAGCAGCUCUUCGGUCCCUGCGUCCUCCUCCCGCCCUGCGUCGUCGCUCUCCCUCUGCAUGCGCCCUGCGUCCUCAUCGACCGGGCACCCGCUGCGACGCCGGCCUUCGCGUCUCUCUUCUUCCCUCCGUUCUUCUCUUCUUCCGUCCUCUCUCCAGGGCAGUGCCUUCUUCCUGCCGGAGUCCCCGAGCUGGCUCACACCGGUGGACGUCCACCCGAGGGCAUGCAUGCGCGCAUGCCUACGCGCGCGCCCGGCGACUUUCUGCGUCUCCUGCGGAACGCGCCGAAGCCGAGCGAGCUCUCCGGCGGCCGCGAGAGGCACUGGGGGUCGAGGACGAGCAGUCGAGGCUCCGCAUCCACUUCGAGUUCUUGUCCUGCGACGCAGAACGCAGAUGCGGGGAGGGAGAGUUCCGAGGAGAGCGAAACAGAGGCCGAGAAGGCUCUGGAGAUGCUCGACGACGAAUUCUCGACUCCCGCGACGCCAGGAUGCCCAUUCCACGCCGCGUUUGUCGCCGCCCUCAGAGCCGCUCUCUCAAGGUGGAUGAUGCAGUCUCCGGCGUCGAAGCAGACGGUUUCGCCUCCGGGGGCGAGAGUCGUUUCGCCUGCAGACCAGACCGGCGCUGGCCAAGGUGGACAGACUCCCGACGCUGUCGACCCUCGAGGCGUCCACGUCUCUGUCGUCAUUCCCCAUCUUUUCCUCACCUUCAAAAGCGGACGCCUCACCACCAUCGCCAGUCUCCUGCAAAACGGAUAUCAAAAACGAGCUCUCAAUCGUCUUAGACGAUCCGCCUCUCCAUCUUCGUCUCCCUCUUCUUCUGCCUCGUCUUCUUCUCUCGCUUCUUCUUCUCUCGCUUCUUCUUCUCUCUGUUCUUCUGUCUCUUCUUCUGUCUCGUCUUCUUCUCAAGUGGUGGAGAGUGGAGGCGCGGAGAAGCGCGAGGCUCUGGGGACAAGGUUGCUGUCGCGGGUGUCGCGGGAGAAAGAGAGAGAGGGAAAGGAGAAGAGAGACCGGACGGAGGGACUCCCGCCGACGGCCUGGCUGCCGCUCGCGUACGCGUUUCAGCGAGGAGUUCGAGAGAGAGAAGCCGAAUGCGGAGAGGAACGCGAAGGCGAGAGAGGACGUCGAAGAGAGAGGUCGGAAGAUCUCUCUGAAGCUCUCAAGCACGAUAUCCUCAUGAAUCAAAGAUACGUUCACGGAGUCGUCCUCGCUUCGUACCUGGAAGUUUAUCUCCUCCCCAAAGUAACCAAAAGCUCUUCUCUUUCUUCUUCUAUCCCUUCGUCCGUUGUAUUUCCUUCGCAUGCGAAAGAUCAGUUUGACCUGGAAAAAAAGAAUCUGUUCUGGGCAGGAGACUUGGUCGACGUGACUGUGGUUGGUGGUACGUUCGGCGCGGAGGCGCUUCGAGGACUCCAGAGAAAAUUUCGACACGGUGACCUCGGUCUUAGCGAAUUUGUCAGUCUCGCUGUGGAAACGACGCGCUCGCGGUUCGCGCGCCUCGCCAUGUGGAUCGUUCCACUCCCCUUUGAGUCGCUCUUCCUCGCAAAUCAACUUAGGACCGCCCAUUUUUCGACGCUGUUGGUGGAGGCGUCGGUCCUCGCGGCAACUGGCCAUGCCAGCCGAGCUCUUGCGCUCUUCCACGCGGCCUUUCGCUGUGCUUGUCGCCCCAGCCUCGACCAAGCUGCUCCUCUCUCUCGUCCUCUCUCCCCCUUCUCUUCCCGACUCGCAACCUCUCCUUCUCUCUCUUCCUCUCGUUCUUCUUCUCUCUCUUCUCGUUCUCCUCUCUCUUCUUCUCCUCUCUCUUCUUCGCUCUCUUCUUCCCCCGCGCUGUCCUCUUCUUCCUCUGCGUCGUUCCGCGCUGCCGUCGCCGCAGAGACCGAGGCUGCGUUUGAUUGGCGAGGAUGCCCUCCCCUCGCGACGAUGGUGUUCGCGUGGAGAGGAGCGUUCUCCCAGUGGCUGCGCGAGGAAGGUAGUCGCCUGCGCGCUCUCCGAAGAAGCAUCGACGCGCUGGAGACAGAACUCCGCGAGUCCUGCGAGGCUGAACAGACGGCCGAGCGCCGCCUCGGACCCUGGUGGCGCUCAGAGCAGACCCAGGCAGUGUGUACAGCCAAAAAAGUCGCAAAGAAAAACAUUGAAAGCUGCAUCAUCGUCUGCUGCGAAGUCUACGACGUAGCAGAGAUGCUCUUGGAGCCUCGGGAAGUAUCUGGAAAGCAGACAACGAACUCGUGGACGCCCGUGGUGGCGCUGCUGGCGUCUCUCCAGGGCGAGGCCUUGGAUUUCGUCUCUGAGCUUCUGUGGCUGUUCCCUGCCGAGUUCCUCACGGAAGAAGUCAAGGAAAAAAUAUCGCAUAGACUCGCAGCAACUCCCCGCGCGCGCGGCUCCUUCGGGUGCGGCCCGGAGCGGCCGGCGCCGCGCCAGCGCCCUGUCUCCUUUUCGACUUUCGGCAGGCUCGCGAUGGUCCCCAACCGUCUUGCGGCUUCCCCCGAAGCGGCCUCUGCGUCCUCGCCUUCUCGCGCUGGCGCAGCGACCAGUCCGGGGGUCCGUUGCGGCGGCUCUCGUUCCGGCGAGGAGAAAAGGCUGUUUCUCGACGAAUCGCUCGCUGCCGCUGUGGCGUCGUUUCUGGGCGUCGCGGACUGGGCAGAAGCCAGCGGAGGGAAGCAGGGAAAACCUGGAGACACUGGGCAGACUAAAGAAGGCGAGGACGCAGACAGGCUCUGGCGCCUCGUCCUUGUGCAGGCCGCGACUGCCUUUGAGCGCGCGCAUGCAGCGGCUGUUCGGCUUAACAGCGAGGACACUUGCAGGUGGGAAGCGGCGCUCUCGGUCGCGAGUUUCCUCGCCUACUCCGUCCGACUUCCUGUCGCGGCAGCUGGGCUCUUGGAGGCGUAUCUCCCGAAUGCCGCCUCGUCCUCGGCGUGCUGCUCUCUUGCAUGCGCGAUGCUGAUAGAGCAGACCAGGCGCUUCCACGCUCUCUGUUCCUCCCGCGUCGUUCUGCUUCACUUCCGGGUGAAGGCCCAGAGUCUCCUUUCUCUCGCGCCGGCCGCGGCGCGUCAAGCUGCGCAAGGCGCGCCUGCAGUCAAAACUCAGCCAGGUUGGCGAGUCUCCGCCCUGUCUGCAGCGGGGCUGUCUCCUGGUCCCUCGGCCUUGAAGGUGACUCGCAAAGAAACAGACAGACAGAGGAUCGCAAACGAGGCAAGACGCCGAGACACCCAUGCAGGCGCGGACUUGGAAGCGUCUCAGCGCCCCGGCGCGCCUCUGCAGAACCCAAGCAGCUUCUCUCACCUUUUGGUAGCGCCUUUCUCGAGCUGUCUCGUCUCGGAGGCACCUGCGAUGCAUCGAAGCGCGCUGGCGCCGGGGUAUCUUCCUUCUCCGAACUCCCGCAAACUGGAUGGUUCUUUGCGCGGAGAAGCAUUGGUUGCGGCGGGUGGUCUCGACGCACAACUCGCUGUCGAUUUCCCCGCCGUGCCGCCCUCGCCUCACUCUUCUCUUGCUCCAUCGCGGCGCCCGGCCUCGCGCUCGGCGUCCGAAGACGCGCAGUUGAGGGCCGAGACGAAUGCAGUCGAAAAAAAGCUUGCUCGAGAAGAGAAGACAACCUUUGGACUCUUCAACGAGUCCUUUUCGCGGGGGUUUGUGUCGUCUAAUCCCAAUGCAUGCAUGCUGCAGCGCGCGCCUGCUCCCCCGGUCGACUGCUCGGCCUAUCUCCCCUCAGAGGAAGCGCGGCCGCGGUGUGAUAGCGAGGCUGUGAAGAGAGCCGAUGCUAGGCUACUGGAAGCUUGUCCAGAAGUGGAACACUCCGACCUCCCUCUCCGAGGCGCGGGAGGGAAACCAAGAGAAAACCACCAGAGUUGCAGGAGAGAAUUGAAGAAGGCACACGCAGACGAGGAACGAAAUGUAGAUGAACAAGGAAAGAAGGACGAGGAGAGAGAGGUCGAUGCCGCUUGUGUUUUCGAGUGCGUCCAAGAAAGAGGAGACGAGGAACGCUUUCCUAGUCGGUCGUUCCCCAGCUCGACUUUCGCCUCGAGUCCACAGGUCCCUUGCCAGGGAGGCCGAGACUCUGGGCUUUCUUGUUUGGGAGAGUCGCGAGAAAAAGACAAGGAGAGUUUGCCAGGAUCUUCUCGCGCUCAGGUGGCUGGUGCAUGCACUCAGCCAACGAGUAGACGCGGCUACGGCGCAGAUCCAGGAGACCAAGUGAGGCUCUUUGAGUUCUUGAAGCUCCACGUUGGAGCACCCUGUCGAUACUUCCGGUGGAUCGGCGGCAGCAGACUGCUGUCGCGCGACGCCGAGGAUGCGAAUCCGACAGGGGAAAGCGAGGGAAGACUGGGCGAGGAAGGGAGAGAGCAAGUUCAAUUUAUCACUGGCUGUGUGGUGCCAGGCGUAUCGGCGAGAAGUCGUGAGGGGGAGGACCGAGAAGCCCGCUGUAUCUCUUCCCCGGAGCGAGAGAAAAGGCGACACACUGCAGGCGCAGGAGCAUGUCUGUCUCGACAAAUGUCUUCGCCCUCGGCAGGGACGCCCGGCGUCUGCAAAACCUGUUCGACGCUUCUCUCGGACCUAAGAGAAGAAAGACAACUCGCUUCGUCGCGUGCUAAGCGAGCCAUGCGACGGUGGAGCCUCGACCUCGCCUCCCGCCUUCCUGGAGCCGUCGAGGCCGUACAGCCUCUGGGGUCUGUGCCGCUCCUGCUCGCUCAGGCGCUCGGCGUCGUCGUCCCUCGGACUGCCGGACCGCUAGUUGGGCUCGGGCGCCACAGCCCCCUGGGCUGUGGCGCCCAUUCUCUCUCCGCGAGACACGGCCGCGGCGAGGCGACCCAGCGGCCGGACUCGGCGGACCGCAGUGAAGAGGUCACAGACCGCGGCUCCAAGAGACUGUUCUGGGCUUGCAGGAGCUGGGAGGGGCUGGAGUGUCUAGUCCAUGCAGAGGAACGCGAAAACUAAGAGGCGGCGUCUGUGGCGCUAGUGUCGCCAAAUGCGACGGGAAGAGCACGGAGACAACUGACUCGCUGUUGUGUGUGCGCGUUCCUUCGGGAAUUCGUUGGGAGGCUGGGGAGGCGGGGGGGAGAGGGCGAGGCUCCACCGUCGCAGACUUUCCGCGGGAUGAGAAGUUCCGUUGUCAUUUCGGUCUGAUCGGGACUUUCAGGAGAGACUUUCGAGUCGGGUGGAACGGAGAAGUGAAGAAGAGCAGCGUCGGUGGGGCAGCGCUGGAGAGCGAAAGGUGGAAAGGCCAGAAGGCGACCACGAAGACCGAAGAAGAGGGGCAGAACCCGGGGGCAACGAAAAACGCUCACGGACGACUGGCAAGACACAGAAUGGAGUUCCUGCAUCAGGCAGGCAUGGGUUCCUCGGCUGCUUGAUAACGGCUGCACCUCUUGGCUUCCACAGCGUUGUUCGUUUCUGUUCGGGACUCUCCGCUCGCGUGGUGAGGCUCACACCUGGAGUUUGAGGAACAGAAAUGCGUCGUGCAGAGGCGUCCUUCAUUAUGAGAAACGUACAAGAACGCAAAAGCAGAUAUGUCUGGAUGUCGGCGGGAGGCAACGGAGACGCGAGGACCGCAGCGAGCAGCUGCCAAGUCAAGGUUUUUUGCGCAGAAGCGGCCGAGUCAGUUGUCACUUUCGGAAGUAAAGGGGAGCCAGGAUAUGCAAUGGAAAAAGACGUAUUUCUUGCGAGUCUCUCGAGACACUCUGCGCACACUCCCGACGCAUGUUGACAGAUGUCGACACAGAGAUAGACACGGCGAUGUUUACUCAGACGCUUGUGCCAUGGUACUGUGUCAAAGCCACUGACACAGCUGAUGGCUGCAGAGGUAGACACUUUUGUACUGAUACACAAAUACAUACAUGCAUACAUAUAUGCAUAUAUACACAGAAACGAAUAUAUUUAAACUGGAGGGCGCAGGCAGAAAUACGUAUCUGUUGGUGAACAGAGAGGUGUACCGAAGAGGUGACACUUCCGUCCGUGGUGGCUCGUGUCGGUUUCGAAAAGUUCCUCUGGAAUCUGUCCUCGUGUAUGCGCUCGAGUCGCGACGGUGUUUGUUGCUUCGCUGCGUCCUGAAAUUCCCAUUCGCUUAGUCUUUUUCUGACAGCUCUCCACACCAGGGGAAUUGCCUCAGCUUCGUCUGCGUGCCGAGCAUCACGAGACGAGUUUGUUCUAAACAGUUCGCGGUGUCCUCUGCCGCGUUUUUAAUCCAGUGCUGCGGAUCCGCGUCAGAGGGGGGUUUGUUUCACCCUUCACAGCUCGAAGAAGCCACCCAUUCGCGUUUCUUGUAAAAAACUGUGCGGGGAACUCCUGGCUGCUAACGCUCUGAUUUUCGAUUUUUAGUGCCCGCUGCGAUCCCCUAAACUGCCCAUUCCACACAAAAGACUCUGGUGCCCGCGACGACCAGGGCCGCCAAACGAUCCCCCUUGUGUUGGGCAGUCCCCUGGAGGAUCCUUUUUAUGCGGAACGCGUCCGACCUGUGGUGCCCGGGCAAACCACGAACAGUGGGAUGGCGUAUUUAAAUACAUCUUGCGGGGGUCGUGACCAGUGGGGGCUUCAGGUUCGCACGAACAAGCGAGGACGAGUGAGACUACACUCAGAGAGCGCGAAGCUUGCUUGCAGGCUCUCGUCGAACUGUUACGCUUUUUAUAACCGUGUCCGCGUGGCAAACGCCAUAGCAAAGCCUAGCGACUCUUACAUAAUUUGCCUCCGGAUAUGGAUACCUCUUUCACAGAGACACCCACAAGAAGUCCUUGUCAAGGUCUACGCUUUCGGUUCCCGUACUUGUCUGUGGUAAACUGCCCCCCACCAUACAUUUUCCACUGAUCUGUCGGUUGCGCUAUUUUCACAUGAUUCACACGUAUAUCCUUUUCCUUUCUUCACGGUUGCGUCCGGGCAACCUUUGCUCGACAGUGUAACGCGCUGCUCAGCCAGCCGUAGGCGCGACGCUAGACAGAAGCACUGGUAUCGAACGAUCUUCAGCUGCGUUAGCAGGCUCUGUCUACUCUGACUCAUGGAAGGUGUCCUAUGCACUGACGCAGCACGCUGCUUGUCUUUUCGAAUUCAGAUGCGUCACCUAUGUCUGUCGUCUCGCAUCGGGAGCUCAACCAGCGCUGACUCUCCACUCGAUCCGUUGUUGACACCGCUAUAAACGCCUGUAGAGCGUCCCGUCGAAAAUGAUAGAACGACACGCGACCGGCCUGUGACACUGACGUCAGCUCGAAAACCCGCGGUUUUCGGUUCGCACGCCGAAGCUCGUGUGGAAACGCGUCAUCACGAUGCCGCCGCGGCGGUU